AUGACAUCGCUAAAGAAAAAGGACAAAAAAUCAUCAACCCACUUCGAUUCUUCAACUGUCACUCCUUUGAAUUAUUCUAAUCCUGUACGGCUUGCAUUUUUAGGAGGACCAAAAUCAGGUAAAACAUCUACUAUAUCCAAGCUAACCGCAGGAAACUUCCGAGACACGUACUAUCCAACUCAUCAGAUACAUCCAAUUCUUUUCAAUUAUAAGCCUUCCAAUGAGGCCUCAAAGAUCUUAACUGAAUUUGUGAAAGGAAACGAGAACACGAUUCUUAGUCCUCUGGUAAACUCAAAUGAAUUUGUUCCCCACAAUGAGUACUAUAAAGUUGUUAAUAAUGAUGUUGGUCCAAUUUUAGUUGAAUUGAUAGAUACACCCAGUUUUAACCCACAACAAGUGGUUCCAUUCUUGGAAGCCUCAUUGUACACCAAUUUGGAUAAAGAAAUAUUAGGAAACCUAGCCAACGAACCCCGUAAACCGGUAUCCACAAACCCCUUGUUAGUUGCCAGUGGGGCUAGUGAAUUGAAUGGCAACAUAAAUGGUUAUUUUUUUGUCUAUAGUGCUGUUCCAGGCUCGUCACCUCCGGGAUAUGACGAGAGUAUAUCAAAUACUACAGAUGAUAACACGUUCAAGUUAUUGCCGGUUAUCAAAGGUGCAUUGGAUGAUGCCUGGCAGGAGUAUAAUGAAUAUAUCAGGAAAAAGAAUGCAGAGAAAGAACAAGAUUUGUUUUCCUUCAAAGUAGCGCUUCGAAAUCUACUAAAAGAAUCUAGCAGUGGUAACAGUGAUAAGAAAGAUAUAGAAACGAAAGAUUAUUCGCCUCCAAUCUGGAUAUUAUGCACACACAAAAACAGUAAUCUAGCGUCACCAAAGUUAAUAGAGCAAGGCAAGCAAUUGGCUCGUGAAUGGAAUUGCGGGUUUCUUGCUAUAGAUAAUCUGGAAAACAGCAUAGAUAUUUUAUUGACAUUGAUGAUCAGAGAUAUUAUAGAAAGAAAGUAA